AUGCUCACUCAAAUCUUGACAUAUCACCAAGUGACUCCGGGAUACCUCGACUUUCUCCAUGCUUUUGGCGCACAAGGAAAUCCCCGGGGGCAAUAUUUCGCUGGCUUCUGCCAUCAGACCAUGAUCGAAGAUAACUUACAAGCUCCAAAGAUGGUUGGCCGCAGCUGGCGACAGUAUCAAAUGUGUUAUAACCUUAGAGGAGUGGCUCCCACAAAGGGGCGGGAUGGCAAGAUAACCGAGUGGUCCGUCCGACAAGCUGCGAUCCAUCAUCAAUUCGAUGUUGUUCAUGGCACUGCAGUGUGGAUUGUCACUAAAGGCCGAAAAGAUAUACUUGAGAGAUUUGACCAACUUACGAAACAAUCACCCGCACUAUCUUUCGAGAGUUCACAAGACUGCUUCAAAACAAGUCUAGAAGUACAUCGGAUGUUCUACCACUGGUCCACAGAGGAUUGGAGGCAAUAUAUUGACUGGUUGGAAGACGGACUCGAGUCAAAUACCUCCUUGGCUCUUUACGGCUCACAAGAAUCCACGACCUCGCGCCCAACAUACAGACCCAGAGAUCUACAAGAAAUUCAGAUAUGGAAAGAGAAGACAAGCCAAGCAACGAUGCUGUUGGAAUCAAAUGCUGAUGUCAUGACUGCGCUGCAAACAUACUAUGUCAAACUUCUGGCAAAUGAAGACUUUCCUUUGAAGUUUGAAUGCCAGAAAAGCAUACAGAGAUUUGCAGCGGAUGUGGAUGGCAACAUUGUCUGGAUCAAGAUGCAGGUCCGCCGACUCAAUCUGCUUGCUGAAGUCAUCGGCGACAGAAAAAAUCUGACAUUCUUCAGCACAGAUGUCGUCAAUUACCAGAACGACAACUCAACCGAAUCUGGAACUGGAACUAGUACAACGAGCUACUCCCAUCUCGCCAUGAUGAGAUGGCUACAGGUCACACUUCCUCUAACACUCGUGACGAUACUCGGUGCCUGGAUGGCAUUCAAGACUGCAACAAUAUCUCAGAAAGGUUCGGAGAUGAAGGACAGUCUUGUUGACCGCAAGAACAAGGUGGCGACGAGAUGGGAUCUUCGCAGAAAGCUGAGAGACCUGGAGAGAGGAAAGUCUUGA